AUGCUUGGAAAGUACCGCCGCUUCAACUCCCGACCCGAGUCCUCGUCCUCACCCACAACGAUGCUUCCUCCAAACUACCCAAGACACCCGUCAGAUAUACGCUCAGUCCUGCACUGGCUGCAUCGAGCCUCGCAAUACCGACUCCCAGAGGAACUUCUCACAGCGAUCCUCCAUCAAGCCAACUACGACUGUCUACACAUCACCGCAAACGUCAAAGGUCACAACGAGCGAAGGAGUUACGGGCCCGAAACGAAAGCCAUACCCUAUGUUGAGACCACGCCAUUGAGAUACCUGAAAGAUGAUAUGAAUAAAGACUGGACGGGUAGAGUGAGGAAGAUCACGCUGAAAGCCAAGGGGAAAGAUCAGGGUUGGUUUACGAAUAAAGGGACUGAAAGCUGGAGUUGGUUCGAAGUGGGCAGGACGAAGCAGAUACAUGUGGUGGCGCUGGAGGGUAGCGGGGAUAAAGUGAAAAGGGGCCCUUGCUGGGCGAGGAACCCGGUCUCGGGAGAGGAUUGGACAUUGCAUGAGGAGGUGUUCGAUGUUGACGAGGUUGGAGGGGAGAUGAAGGAGUGGAUGGAGAGUCUGGAGAACGGACACAAGAUUUCGAUCGUGCCUAUGGCUCGCUAUCGAGAAUGGAGAUGUCAGGUCGAGGAGGCUAGUGUCGAUGUUGAGAUAGAGGUUUGGCGGUAG